CAUAUUUUCAUCUACCUGAACACACACAGCUUGCAGGGAGCUAGCAUUUUUCUUAUGUUUAUUUUUUUACUUGCUAUUAUUUGUUUUCUCCAAUAGGUUUUGUAUUUCUACUUAGUUCUUUUCUGAGCUAAAGCUAGUCUGCACCAACAUGGACUUCUCCAGUAAGAAGAUUAAAUUAACCAACAAGAAAAAAGUUGCUGUUGUAGGAGGAGGCUUGGUCGGUGGCUUAAAUGCAUGCUUUCUUGCAAAAAGAGGAUUUGAGGUCACAGUCUUUGAAAGUCGAGAAGAUAUCCGUUGUGCCAAAACAAUAAAGGGCAAGAGUAUAAAUCUAGCCCUCUCCCAUAGAGGGCGCCAAGCUUUAAAACAUGUUGGAAUGGAGGACAAAAUUGUGUCCAAUGGCAUCCCAAUGCAUGCUCGUAUGAUCCACAGUGUGAAUGGAAAAUGUUCUCCUAUACCAUAUGGAAGAAAAGGUCAGUACAUUCUGUCUGUAGGCAGAGCCAACCUCAAUAAGGAGCUGCUAACAGCGGCUGAGGCAUAUCCAAACACACAACUGAACUUUAAUCAUAAACUGCUUGACUGGAACCCAGAAACAGGGACUAUGACCUUUCUUGGGCCUGAUGGGACUGAAAAAGAUUUCCAAGCAGAUCUCAUAGUCGGCUGCGAUGGUGCCUUUUCUGCCACAAGGAAGCAGUUUUUGCGUCGCAGUCGCUUUGAUUAUAGCCAGACCUACAUCCCCCAUGGAUACCUUGAGCUCACUAUGCCACCAAGAAAUGGUGAUUUUGCCAUGAAGCCCAAUUUUCUUCAUAUCUGGCCCAGGAACACAUUUAUGAUGAUUGCUCUCCCAAACAUGGACAAGACCUUCACCUGCACGCUCUUCAUGCCGUUUGAGGAAUUUGAGAAGAUUACCACAGGCGAUGAGCUGAUGGCACACUUUCAGAAAUAUUUUCAAGAUUCCAUCCCACUCUUUGGAGUUGAUGUUCUAAAGAGGGACUUUUUCCAACUACCUGCCCAGGCCAUGGUGUCAGUGAAGUGCUCUCCUCAUCAUUUAAAUGAGAAAUGUAUUUUAAUGGGGGAUGCUGCUCAUGCAGUGGUACCAUUUUAUGGUCAGGGAAUGAAUGCAGGCUUUGAGGACUGUCUUGUUUUUGAUGAGAUCCUGGACCAGUUUAAUGAAGACUUGUCGGCUGUUCUCCCGGAGUACUCACGUGUUCGUGUACCUGAUGAUCAUGCCAUAUGUGAUUUGGCUAUGUACAAUUACAUAGAGAUGCGGGCGCAUGUGAAUUCCAGGUACUUUCUGUUCCGUAAAUAUCUGGACAAUGUACUCCAUUUUUUCAUGCCAAGAACAAUAAUCCCAUUGUACACAAUGGUCACUUUUACUCGUACACGCUAUCAUGAAGCAGUGAUUCGUUGGAAAUGGCAAAACAAGGUGAUUACUCAAGGACUACUGCUUUUGGGAACAAUGUCCGCAGCAGGAGCGACUUAUCUUUUAGUCAAAUACAUUCCCCAAAAGUCCACUGGUAGUGUGGAGCAGCUAUGGAACAAACUUCUUACUCUAAAGUGGUUCCAAAAGUAAGAUUCCCCAAAAGAACAUAGAAGAUAUUUCAGGACACCCUGGUCAUUCUUCAUACUUUUUUUGGCCACCCUUGUUUCAGCAUAUACUUUAAUAUCCUGUGAUAUUCUUAAUCUCUUUACAAUUUAAUUAAAUAAAGCCUUUUAAAGUUAAAUAAAGCUUAUAAAGGAGGGCUGACUGGGGUUAAUCUUACUGAAUUAAAGUAAUUCUUAUUAGAUCAAUUAAUUAUAAAUCAAAGAUCAUAAUUAUAAUCAUUUAUUAUAUCAUUAAUUAUAAAUCAAAACAUCAUUUGAAAAUUGAUGUUAGUAUAUAGUUUAGACCAGGUCCUGGUUUUUGUUGUAUUUUAAAUUGAAAUGCAAUGAAAAUAAUGUGGGAAUAGAAUUAGAUAUGGUGGUCAGACUUAAAGUUUUUUCCUUGUGAAAGCUGUUGAGGUCAAAUACAGAGCUGAGAGACACAUAGGGCUUUGAUCAAAACUUGAGCAAAACCUUCAAUAUUGUAUACACCUGCUCAGCUAUAUGUAUAGACACCUUUACAUAAAAGCUGUUAGCAGAGUAAAUAUGUAUAAUUUUUAUUCAAAAUUUUUAAUGUUUAUAGCAUUAAUUUUUAUCUAAACAAU